AUGGGAGAUACAAAUUCGACUCUUAAGCAGCCCGAGCUGGUCCCGCUCAGUAAUCAGGUGGCGGGUCAUCCGGAUGGUGUUCAGAGCUUGGAGGGCGGGCGUCUGGUUGUCAAAGCUUGCCUGCCACGCGAGCUCGAGUUCUACGCAAAAGUGAAGCAAGCAGCUGCAGGGCUGGCUGGCUUGGAGAGUCGCCAGGUCGAACUGCUUGGGAGACUGCUCAAGGCAAUGCCAGAAUGCCAUGGAAGCUGGCAGGAGUAUACGGGAAGUCAAACGGCAGCGUCACCGUCAAAGGACGAAUCAGCUCGUAUUGUGAUGGAGAAUCUCACAUACGGCUACGAAAAGCCCAAUGUAUGUGAUAUCAAGCUGGGGACUCAGCUUUGGGACGAAGAGGCAAGCGAAGAGAAACGACAAAGGAUGGAAAAGGCAGCUGCUAGCACUACGAGUGGCUCGCACGGCAUUCGACUGACGGGAUGGCAGGUAUACGAUUCCGAGACGAACACCUAUCGCAGCGUACCAAAGACGUUUGGAAAGACGAUCCAUGCUGAACAUCUAGCUCUGGGGAUGCGAAUGCUUCUGGCAUGCCCCGAACAGGGAGAUGCUGAAGAAGCCGAAGCAUUGCUAGAGGGUACGAGCAUAUCUGAGGGUACAUCUCGUCAUCGUCUUGCCAGCUUACCAGAAGGGCUGGUCGUGAGGCUGCUGCGGGAUCACCUGAUCAACGACCUCGAGGAACUGUACGCUAUUUUCGCAGAGGUCGAAGUGCGAAUGCGAGGCGCAUCGUUGCUGAGCGUUUACGAGGGCGAUCCAGCUCGAUUAGAUGCCACGCUGAGCCGUGAUGGCUCACAUGGACAGGGCAGACCUCAGGUGCGCUUGAUCGACUUUGGCCACGCGACGAUUGUGCCUGGCCAAGGGCCGGAUCAAGGUAUUUUGCUUGGGCUGAGCACAGUGCUUGAAUUGGCAAGAAAGACACUCGAGAAGCUAGAGAGCAAGUCGAUGCAAGAGUAG